CGAAGGUUCGCGACUCUACAGACUACAGGGAAAGGAGGGCGCCCUUUCUGCAGUAGGAACUUCAACUUCUCCUCUAGAUAGCUUUGCGCUCCUCUAGAUAGCUUUGCGCUUACGACGCAGAAGUUACGUCUUCUGUCGUUCAAGCAUCCAACGCUUUCCAAAAAGGAUGCGCUCAACGCGCUGCUUGCAGUGUGCAGGUUGAACGGGCGAUGUUCGCAGACUUUGUCAUGUGUUAUGAGUUUAACCUAGCUUCGAGAGACGUUCUUGCCCUGUUCGUGUAGGUUAAGGUCUAGCAAGCAAUAGAAAGCUAGUGAUAAAACAAUGGUAAGCGAGCAGGGUAAACAGGUAUAGCUGACGGAGUUCUCUAAAUCACGUUUGUUUGUCAUUCAACCAGAAGUAAAGAGCCCGAGCAAAUAGUGCAGCAAGGCGGAGUUGGUCAGGACAACCCUCCCGGAUUUCUCACCCAGCCGGUGGUGACAAAUCAGGAGCGGCCCGGAUGUCAGGGCCGUCCUCUCUGUUCAACCAAUCGCUGGACGUGCUUGUGAAGAACAUCGACAAGGUCGUUUCGCUGGAAGCUCUGCCAGAGGAAGUUUUGGUGUUACUCUUCCAGCGGAUCCUCCAGGCUGGCAAGCUGAACGAGAAAGUCCUCGAGUUGUUCCUACGAGAGUCCGACAAGCACAGAGAACUGAUUGACAGCCUCCAAUCUCUCCACAUACAGCGUCCGCCAGCAAUUUUGCCAACUCGUUGUUCUUAUCGUGGUGUUUGAGGUCUGAACAAAUGUAGGAGGAGUGGGGAGAACAUGCUUUCUGUUUGUACAUAUUGACCUAAGAAGCGCUCCAUUUGACAGAGCAGACAUUUAGUUGGGAAGUCUUGUAAGAUUGUUCGUGCGACUGACUUACAGUGUCAUAUUUAGGAACCGUAAAGUCGAAGACUUAUAAAAGCAACGUCUUGAUUUCAUAAAAUUUUAUCUGAUCAGGCGUUACAUAGGUAUAUAUUGAAAGUUGGGUCGGAAUCCUUACAGUGACGUCGUAUUUGUACAGCGGAAAGAAAGAAAGGCUGAUCGAAAACCUGGGCUUGCGAACUCAGGAAUUAGUGCCGAUCUCCGCGCCAAAACGGCUAGCUUCGACCGUCUUUGACCAUACCUGAAAGGCAUGGGCUCUUCCAAACAGCAGGACGCAAUGAAACAGCUGAUUGAAUUGGAGAGCAAUCUCUGAUGGUAGCUUAUUGACAGGCUUUGAGCCUGCAAACUUCUAGUCCGCAGCCUGUAUUCCUGCGCGUUCGGUUCCAGUCCCACGCCGACGGCUCACGCUGC